AUGACGAGCGGCGACGAAGAUGAUGCCGCCGCCGCAACCAAGCCAGCAACUGCUGCCAAACCAGCCAUGUCUCGCUUCCUUCGUAAGGCCGACUCAGGCUCCAGCUCAGACGAAGACGAAGACUCGGAGGAUGAGAGUGAGAUGUCGGACGAGGAGGGACAGAAGGAGACGAAGAAGAAGUCCCGAUUUCUGCGCAGCGACAGUGAGGGUGAGGAGAGCGAUGAGGAUGUGAAACGGGUGGUCAAAAGCGCGAGGGACAAACGUCUAGACGAGAUGGAGGCUACUGGAAAGGUCAUGGAUAAUGCUCUGAAGAUCAACGAUUGGGUGGCCAUCUCGAACGAAUUCGACAAGUUGACGCGUAUGGUACAGCGUCAGCAGAACAUGUCCGAGCCCAUUCCUCCAUUCUACAUCCGCACACUCUCCUCUUUAGAGACAUCCCUUAACUCUGCUCUCGCGAAGGAGAAAGAAGCCAAGAAGAAGAUGAACGCUAGUAAUGCCCGUGCACUCACGGCCAUGAAACAGAAAGUGAAGAAGACCGCGAAGGAGUAUGAGAAAGAGUUGAAGCAAUUCCAAGAGGAUCCGGAGGCGUACGAGCGCCAGUACACUGUUUCCUCCGCACCACCUGUCGAUUCGGCUGCCCCUAAGGCCAAGAAAAACAAGGCGGUUGUAGAUGUUGAGGAAGACGGAGAUUUCGAGACUGUCGGGAAAGGCGGAAAGAGCAUUCAGUUCACGGCCGAAGGCAUCUUCAAAAACCUGCAAAUGAUCCAAGAAGCUCGCGGAAAGAAGAAUACAGACCGUGCCGAUCAAUUACGCAUACUUGAAAAACUGCUCGAAGUCGCAGAAACGCCGUACCAGCGGAUACGUGUUCUCCUCGGUCUUGUCUCUUCCCGGUUCGACUACAACUCGUCAGUAACGUCCUACAUGCCUCUCGAACUCUGGUCGUCCGCCCAGAAGGAGAUAGAUCAGCUCAUCACCAUCGUCACACAAGACCUUUCAUACUCUAUCCAAGAGGUGACGGAAGACUAUGACGAAUCAGUGGACCGAUCCCCCUCUGACGCCGAGGGCGGUAUUGUGCGGAUACGCGGUAGUAUGAUCAGUUUCAUUGACCGCUUGGACGACGAGUUCACAAAGAGCCUGCAAAACCUCGACCCUCACGGAACUGAAUACGUUGACCGUUUGAAGGAUGAGAAAGGCUUGUAUGUUACGAUUUGCCGGGCACAGGCUCUGUACGAGCUGAAGUCAGAGCCCGACGCUCUAGCUCGGGUGGUCAUGCGACGCCUAGAGCAUAUAUAUUUCAAGCCCGACGCUGUCCUCAAUGCUCUAGAGACCGCCGCCGCCGCUUCCGACUCUGUCCCAUCCCUGUCGCUCGCCUCGCAGACGACAUCUGCUAACCUUAUUCAUUCUCUUUGUGUCCAUCUUUACCGGUCCGGCAACACUCUUCUCAAAACUCGGGCAAUGCUCAGCCACAUCUAUCAUCACGCACUCCAGAACGACUUCUACACCGCCCGCGACAUGCUUCUCAUGUCUCAUCUGCAAGAAACAAUCUAUUCUGCCGAUGUCGCCACCCAGAUUCUUUACAAUCGCAGUGUCGUGCAGCUCGGUCUUUGCGCCUUCCGAUGUGGCCUGAUCAAGGAGUCCCAGGCGACGUUGCAGGACAUCUUCACUACCCAACGAGUCAAGGAGCUUCUGGCCCAGGGUGUUCACCAACAACGUUUCCAGACCCUCACUCCGGAGCAGGAGAAGGCUGAAAAGCAAAGGCAACUUCCCUUCCAUAUGCACGUCAACACCGAGUUGCUCGAGGCCGCAUUCCUCGUCUCGAGUAUGUUAGUGGAGAUCCCGAUGCUCGCCAGUAUCGAGUCAGAGGAAUUGAAGCGCAAGACCAUUUCGAAGCCUUUCCGCCGUCUUCUUGACUUCGCCGAUAGACAGGUCUUCACCGGUCCUCCGGAAAGCACGAGAGACCACAUCAUGCAGGCGAGCAAGGCCCUCCAAGAUGGACAGUGGGAACUCUGCCGUGAUCUCAUCCAAGGCAUCAAGAUAUGGGACCUCAUGCCCGAAACCGAAACCGUCAAAGACAUGCUUGCCAAACGCAUCCAAGAGGAGGGUCUGCGCACCUACCUUUUUACCUACGCACCUCACUACAAGACGCUCUCACUAUCGCUCUUGUCUCGAACCUUCUCUCUUCCUUUACGGACGGUCAACUCCAUCGUAUCUAAGAUGAUAUGGAGCGAGGAACUCCCCGCGUCCCUCGACCAGGCCGUUGGGGUUAUCAUCUUCAACCGUGUGGAGCUUUCGCGAACGCAACAGCUCGCGCAGGUCCUCGCUGAAAAGGUCGGACACCUCGUGGAGCAGAACGAGAAGACGCUCGACUUCCGCCUAGGCGGCACAACGGGCUGGGGGGACAGGGCGGAUGGAGCAAAGGGCGAGAAACGUGGCGAACAGACCCAGGAGCGAAGAGGGCGGGGCGAACGCAGCAGAGGGGGCUCUGGUGCCCGUGGCGGUCGCGGUGCGCGCUUCGCGCAAGGCUUGGGCAAUCAGAUGCCUGCCACGCAACGAGUCCGAUAA